GGCGGUGCAGGUAUGGUUCAGCAUCACUCGACGACACCCACUCAUCGAGACAACAUGUUCAAGGCAGUGUUUGCAGUACUGAGUGUGUUCCUGCUGGUGGCCGCCGCCCUGGCCAGCCCUGAGCCCGAGCCCGGGUUCCGCCGCGGCGGCUACGGUGGCGGCUUUGGCGGUGGCUUCGGCGGCGGCCAUGGUGGCGGCUUCGGCGGCGGCCGUGGAGGCUAUGGCGGCGGCUACGGCGGUGGUCGUGGAGGCUUUGGCGGCGGCUACGGCGGUGGUCGUGGAGGCUAUGGCGGCGGCUAUGGCGGCUACGGGCGCUAGGGGAAGUGCUUGUCUUGUACACGUGUCCAAGCAAAGGGGGUUGUGAUAAAACUUUUUUUUUCUACGAAAUAAUAACGAAUAAAUCUUUUUCGAUAUCA